UGAACCAUCAAAGAUGCAGAUAGAAGCUAAAUGUCUUAAAAGGAUGGAAAAGAUCAUGUUCCUUAUAGUCAAUAAUGUAGAUAUUUGCGGAGAUCUUGAAUAUCUUCCCAAUAGUUUAAGGUUGCUUGAUUGGCCAAGGUAUCAUUUAUCUUCCUUACCAUCCAAUUCUUUUCCUCGCAAGCUCGUUGCACUCAACUUGCCAGAAAGUCAGGUUAUAUUGGAGGAGCUUUUCAAGGGGAAGCAUUUUGAACAUUUGAGAUAUAUGAAUUUCAGUUCCUGUCAACGUAUUAAGAAAUUACCUGACUUAUCUAUGUCCAGCCCAAACAUAAAGAAAUUAAAUCUCCGUGACUGUAGAGAAUUAGUUGAGGUUCAUGACAAUGUUGGAUUUCUUCAGAAGCUUAAAUGGUGGGAGCUCACAGGUUGCAUUAAACUUAAAAUUCUUCCAAGCUGUCUCAGGAUGAGAUCUCUUGAAUAUUUAAGUCUUUAUCAGUGCAAAAGGGUUGAGAAGUUCCCCGAUAUUCCCCUAGAAAUGGAAAGGUUAGAGUUUCUAAAUUUAGCAGAAACUGCCAUUAGAGAGCUUCCUUCAUCAUUUGGAAAUCUCACUGGGCUUGAGCGAUUGGAGUUUGGUUCCUAUUUCUAUUCGUGUAAUCUUCCAAGUUGCAUCUAUGACUUGCGACAUCUUUGCAAGCUCAUUCUUUAUGGCAAUGUCCAAUUUCAAAAGGGCGUGGAGAUUGGUAGACAAGAACUAUGCAAUUCUUAUGGUAGCUUUUCAAAAUAUGGUUUUCCGAGGUUGGAUUUUCUUAAAAAAUUGACUUUUUCCAUCCCCCCCUCAUUGAAAUGUUUAUUAGUAGGAAGGGAAGAUUUUAACAUCCCAAAAAGCAUUAUCGAAUGCAAUGCAUUAUGUUGGCUUGUAAUUAGGAAUUCCAAGUUCCUUCAGGAAAUUCCAACGCUUUCAGAAAGCAUAAGAUGUGUAGAUGCAUCAAACUGCAUCUCGUUGAAUUCACAAUCAUUAAGCAAAUUAUUGGUUCAGUUUGGAAGAAUUUUAGGGCUUCCACAAAAUAUGACAUGUUUAGCUGCGAAAGGCGACACAUUAAUGGAUUUACAGUCACAACGCAAAUUAUGGCAUCAUAUUAAUUACUCUUCUCGGAUCUCCCCCUUCGAGUUCUCCAUAAUUGAGGCUAAGUUCUCUAACCCUAUAGAUGGGUUUCCGAAUUAUGAUCAAAAUGAUGGUAGAUGUACAUGUCAAAUUGUAGUACCAGGAAAGAAAAUUCCAAAGUGGUUCAACCAUCAAAGCAUUGCAAGUUCCAUAUCAUUCUGGGUUGGUCCUGAAUUUCCAGGGAUUGCCCUUUGUGUUGCUUUUGAUCUAGUUCGGCUGAAGGACAGUUAUGCUUAUGAUAUUUUGGAUAGUUUUCUUCAUGAAGAUAAAAUCAGUUUUGUUUGUGUUGUCAACAUUUUCACCAAUGGUCAUAAGCGACCUUUUAGGCAAAUGAUGCUCUUUCAAAAUUUGUCAUAUGAUCAUCUGUGGUUUUAUGGUGUACCUCAUAGCCUACUACAGCAGGAACUUGGAGACUUGAUUCAAGGUGAUCAGAAUCAUGUUGAGGUUUCAUGUAAAAUCUCUCAUUGGUCGAGUGCAACAGGAAAAUUUUCUCCUUUCAUUUCAAGGUUAGGGGUACAUGUGGAAUGCAUUUGUCGUCCUCGGAGUUUCAUUAUCAUCCAUGACGACUCUGAAAAUGUUGAUGACGACUCUCUGACGACACUAUGAUCACCCCUUUACUACCUCCUUUCUCCACUUCUACUGGUUCACAUAUGGAUCAUAGGGGUUUCAAACGACUCAGAUCACAAGAACCUCAACCUCCUCUAUAAAAGAUGAUUCCAUAUUCAAUCCAUAUCCACCAUCAAAGAAACUUAGAAUCCCUAAUCAAAUUUCCAAGAAAUAUGCCCAGGCGGAGGACUUCUUUCAGGUCUAAGGGACAAUUUUAUUGGCUUGAUCCAGUCAAAGAAGAUAACAAGAAACAAAAAUUGUGCAGUUGUUGAACCAGAUGGUUGUGAUAAAGAUGGGUAUGAUUUUGCUUGGCGGACUAUGCUAUGAUCACCUGCCUAGACUUUUGCACGGCUAAUAAUAUUAGCGAUUUGGCACUGGUGAACCAUCAUUCCUAGAAGUUGGCAAUGACACUUCUAUCUAAUUUGGUCGGUCAAAAUGUACUUUAGCUUGUAUCUUCACUGUGACAUUUGAAGAUCCUGUAAACAGAUUUCCAAGGGGCUUUUUUCAGCAUUAUGGAUGUUAAAGUAAAGGGGAUCCUAUAACCCUUCUUUUGUGUUAUUUUUUGGUUAUGAAGAUGCUGACAAGGAUGAUUGCAAGAGCAGCUAGUGGCAUUCUUAUUGUGUUUCAGGUGGGAAAGGAAAUUGAGAUUUCAAACUUCAUUAUAGAUGAUCACUGCACAUCUUCUAUUGGAGAUUUAACUGAGCUAGGCUAUCUUAGAUUUUUGCUUCUUUGCAGUGAGAUAAUUUUUGAGCAGAAAAUGAAUUGGCAGGUAUUGUAGGCUGUAAGGUAGGUUUUCUUCCCAUGCGAAAUUAACUUUGUCAUUGCUGCGAGGAUCUUUGUUUUAGGCAGCUUGGAAUUUGAUGAUUGAAAAAGUAUGGACAUUAAGUCUGGAAGAAAUUGUAUUUGUCUAAAGGGGACAUGAUCGCCCUUUAAGGAGUGCUCUUUGGAGUUUAACUACCUAUUUUCUUUCUUUCUUUAGUGUGCUGAUAGAGGUGGUUUAUAUGUAUGAUAAAUUGAAGUGCAUUUUCCA